CGCAAAAGGGUCUGUUUUGGAGAAGAACGGAAGAUGGCGACCUCAAACAAUCCGCGGAAAUUCAGCGAGAAGAUCGCGCUGCACAACCAAAAGCAGGCGGAGGAGACGGCGGCGUUUGAAGAAGUCAUGAAAGACCUGAGCAUUACUCGAGCCGCGCGGCUGCAGUUACAGAAGACCCAGUAUUUGCAACUGGGCCAGAAUCGUGCUCAGGGCUAUGGAGGUUCACUGCCCAAUGUCAAUCAGAUUGGAAAUAGCAACACUGACCUGCCUUUUCAGACUACAGUUUUGGAUACUAGUCGAACCACUCGGCACCACGGCUUGGUGGACCGUGUGUAUCGGGACAGAAAUCGGAUCACUUCCCCUCAUCGCAGGCCUCUCUCGGUGGAUAAACACGGGCGUCAGAUCGACAGCUGUCCUUAUGGCUCAGUGUAUCUGUCACCUCCCCCGGACACCAGCUGGAGGAGGACCAAUUCUGACUCUGCGCUGCAUCAGAGUGCCAUGAAUCCCGCUCAGCAAGACACGUUUGUUGGAGGAUCUCAAGAACUGCAGCCAAAACGAGUCGUCUUGCUCACACCCCCAGAUACAGAGGAGGCCGAAACGGAAAUGGAAAAAGACGAUCAGAAGGCAGCACUACAUCCUAAAUCACAUGAUGUUCCAGGGAUUAACAUAUUCCCAUCCCCUGAUCAAGAAGUCAACGCCACGUUGAUGCCAGCCGCACACAGCACAGGUGGUUCCUUGCCCGACCUUACCAACAUCCAGUUCCCACCUCCUCUGCCCACUCCUCUGGACCCGGAUGACCCCGUGACCUUUCCGGCCCCCAGCACAUCCAGCAGCACGGGCAAUCUGAGCACCAACCUCACCCACCUGGGCAUCAGCGCCGCCAGCCAUGUGGCACCCUCCACCCCUUCACCUGCCGGCACUGCCCUCACGCUCAACAUCGAUGCCCAGCAGCAGCAGCCGUGUCCACAGCAGCUCUCACCUACUCUCUCUCCAACCCUCUCACCACAGAUGCCCAUUUCUCAGCCGAUUGCAAUGGACAGCAUGUCACUGGAGCAGCAGCUGUCGCAGUACUCGCUGCUCAGCCUGCUGAGCGAUCUGCAGAAACAGCAGCAGACACUGCCGCAGAACAUCCGCCUCAUCCAGCUGCCGCCCAUCGCCGUCAGCUCUGCCUCCAGCACGGCCCAGACCUCCUUGUCCAGCCAAUCGCCAACGGCCACAAGCGCACCAGUCAGCACGUAUCGCAAUCAGACUGGCUCUCCAGCCAACCAGUCUCCAACCUCGCCAGUCUCCAACCAGGGCUUCUCGCCUGGAGGCUCGCCUCAACACAUUCCAGUGGUGGGGAGUAUUUUUGGAGAUUCGUUCUACGAGCACCAGAUGGCGUCCAGACAGACCAACGCUCUUUCCCAUCAGCUCGAGCAGUUCAACAUGAACAUGAUUGAGAACCCGAGCAGUUCAAACAGCUUGUACAAUCCCUGCUCCACGCUCAACUACACACAGGCAGCCAUGAUGGGUUUAACUGGGAGCCAUGGCAGCUUGCAGGACACCCAGCAACUGGGCUACAGUAACCAUGGCAACAUUCCCAACAUUAUCCUAACAGUCACAGGCGAGUCGCCACCGAGUCUCUCCAAGGAGCUGACGAGCUCGCUGGCCGGCGUGGGCGAUGUCAGCUUUGACGCGGACUCUCAGUUCCCGCUGGACGAGCUAAAGAUCGACCCGCUGACCCUGGACGGGCUGCACAUGCUUAACGACCCAGACAUAGUGCUGGCCGACCCAGCCACCGAGGAUACGUUCCGCAUGGACCGCCUGUAAAACUGAAGAAAAAAAAAAAAGAAGACGACAUAAAGAAGCUCUCUGACCAGGAGGAGGCUGAAGACUUGCUCAUUGUGCAGCUGCAUGGCCACCCGGUUUUAUCAUUGUGCCCGCGGCCCUCGCUGCCCCUCCCCCUCAUGGCAUCUACAAUAGCAUGCUGCCAACAUCAAUGCCAACGUCUGGGGAAAGGAGGCACUCGAGCACAUAGGUGGACGUGGCACUGCUAUAUCCACGCUGGCUGGUUUCGUGAGGCGGCUAGUUCUGAUCCACGUCCGUUGUGCAAGUGUCUCUAUACCCCUCUUUAGGCCUACAUGUUGAGUUGCUUUUUAAUUAAUUUAUUUUUUUUUGUUUGUUUUCUUCGUUCAGUCUUUCUUGUUGGGUGACUUUCUCAUGUCAUUUCUUUAUUCGGGGUGUGUGUGUGUUGAACCUUAAUAUUGAAACUCCUGACCAAGAUAGCUUUCCCCUUCCUCCAUAAAUCGUUAUUUUUACAUACCUUUUACCUUCCACGUUUCCUCAACUACUUGUUUAUUUACGUUACGUGUUUGUGUUUACGUUCGUAUAUUUUACAGAUGAAUUGUUUACGUAAAGAUACCAUGUGUCUCUUUAGACUGUGCGUUUUGUGUUUUGUGUUCAGAUCUUUAUAUAUUUAAAUUAUUUAUUAAACCCUUUUAUUUAACACUAAGGAGUACUACUCCCCCCCCAUUCUACUUUUUACGGGUUAGGAAGAGCAGCGCCUUUGUGUGCUACUGUACGUACUUUAUUAGCGCAAAAAAACUCUAACAUCUUCAAACUAACAAAAAGCUAACAUCUUCAACAAAAAAACAAAAAAGAAAAAGAUCUGCUCUGCUUGUUUUCUCUCCAUGAACAUUUCUGCAGGUUUUAAUCGCCAGUGUCAAAACUAUUCUUCAUAUCAGUAUUGUAGUGUUUAAAGAGCAACACACGUGUGCUCUCCUUGUCGCUUCUUUCUUCAGCUGCAAAUUGAAAUCGUUAGUGGCGUCUUUGACUUGUCCGUGGCGUUAUAAAAGCCCGUCGUCUUGCAGGGCCCGAAUGAAAUGAUUAAAAAGAAAAGAAAAAAAAAAAGAAGAAAGCUUCAGAAAGCUACUGAACUCAUCACUGUGACCCGACCUGAUUUUGCCUUACGAACAAAAACGAACAAAAAAAAAAAAAAAAGAAAUGCUGUUUUUAAGCUGUCACUGCAACGACGAGUUUUUUAAUCGUCCCGUCAAUCUUUUAUUCUCGUAUCCUUAAUGAGAUCUGAUCAUGCACAAUCAGUGGCAGUAUUGUGUUUUUAUAAAUGCAGUUUUUCACUUAAGUACUGUAUGGCAUGUAGGUUAUGUGUCGAGCUUAAAUGGACGGAUCUGAGCUGCUGGUUAAAAGUAAGGGGAGGGUACUGCUCCUUAUUCAUUGUGGUGUUUACAGCAACGUUGUUGUGUGUGUGUGUGUGUGUGUG